GAGAGAGCUUGAGGAACCGUUGGCGUGGGCUGAGGGGGGAAGCUAAGAUGGCGGCGGCUGGAGGCGGAGGCGACUUGGACGGAGGUGGAGGAGGAGGAGGACAUGGCGGCCCAGAGAGCAGCCACCUCGGGCUGGAAGGCGGUGAGGCCGGGGCCGCGGACGCGGAGCCAGACUCGGAGGUCUUUUCGUGCGUGGCCCAUUGCUCCGAGUUGGCCUGCCGGCAGAACGAGCAACGGCGCUUGGGCCUGUUCUGUGACGUCACUCUGGCCUUCGUCGGCGGCGUCGAGGGAGUGGGCGGGGCCGCGGGUGUGGGCGGGGCUUCUCCGCCGCCGGCCCCGCCCCCUCGGGAGUUCCGCGCGCACCGCUCGGUCUUAGCCGCCGCCACGGAGUACUUCGCGCCGCUGCUCUCGGGAGACUUCGCCGAGUCCCGCUCGGGCCGCGUGGAACUGAGGAAAUGGAGCUCCGAGGCCGGGCCGGACCCGGAGACUGUGGAGGCCGUCAUCAGCUUCAUGUACACGGGCCGCGUCCGAGUCAGCCCCGGCAACGUCCACGAGGUCCUGGAGCUGGCAGACAGGUUUUUAUUGCUACGUUUAAAAGAGUUCUGUGGGGAAUUCCUUAAGAAGAAGCUGAGCCUCUCCAACUCAGUGGCAAUCCAUAGCUUAGCUCACAUGUACUCUUUGAACCAGCUUGCUUUGAAAGCUGCUGACAUGAUCAGGAGGAAUUUCUACAAAGUCAUCCAAGAUGAGGAGUUCUACACUUUGCCGUUCCACCUCAUAAGAGACUGGCUUUCAGACAUAGAAAUCACUGUGGAUGCAGAAGAAGUGCUGUUUGAGAUGGUUUUAAAGUGGGUUCAAAAAAUUCCUGAUGAGAGAGAGAAGUAUUUUGUGGAACUCUUUAAACUUCUUCGUUUAUCACAAAUGAAACCCACUUAUUUGACCCGACACGUCAAAUCUGAAAGGCUUGUAUUCAACAAUGAAGCAUGCCUCAAACUUGUGUCAGAAGCAGUGGAAAGCCAUGCACUCAGGGCUGAGAAUCUGCAGUUAGGUACACUCCAACAAGUUACUUCUCCCAUAACCUCACUGCCUCGCUUUGGGCAAAAUAUGGAUGUCAUCAUGGUCAUUGGUGGUGUGUCUGAGGGAGGUGACUACUUGAGUGAGUGUGUGGGUUAUUUUAUUGAUGAAGAUAGGUGGGUGAACUUACCACAUAUACAUAAUCAUCUCGAUGGACAUGCUGUUGUAGUAACAGAAUCCUAUGUUUAUGUAGCAGGUUCCAUGGAGCCUGGUUUUGCCAAGACUGUGGAAAGGUACAACCCAAAUCGAAAUGUUUGGGAGCAGGUUUCUAAUCUGAUAACCAGGAAGCAUUCCUUUGGCCUUACUGAGGUAAAAGGGAACUUGUACAGCAUAGGUGGGCAUGGGAAUUUUAUUCCUGGCUUCAAAGAUGUAGCAGUCUACCAUCCUGAUCAAGACAAGUGGCACAAUUUGGAGUCGGCGCCAAAAAUACUCCGAGAUGUUAAAGUGAUCACUGUAGAUGACAGGUUUGUUUAUAUGGCUGCCCGCACACCCGUCGAUGGGGAUAAUGAGGAAGGCUUAAGGAGUGUCAUUGUCCGAUAUGAUGCAGAUGCAAGACAGUGGCAGGAUUCUGAGUCCCUCCCUCUCCUUGACAAUUAUUGCUGCUUUCAGAUGGCUGUGGCCAACACCAACUUUUACCACACAGCCUCAUGUUGUCCCAGAAGUUAUUCUCUGGAUCAUGAAGAGGUCACAAGAAAAAUCUCUGGUCAGGUGUCUGAUGACAUUCUGGAAAGCUUGCCACCAGAGGUGCUUAGCAUUGAGGGGGCAGCUGUCUGCUAUUACAAAGAUGAUGUCUUUAUCAUAGGUGGGUGGAAAAAUAGCGAUGACACAGACAAACAAUACAGGAAAGAGGCUUACCGCUACUGUGCUGAGAGGAAACGUUGGCUGCUGCUCCCUCCUAUGCCCCAGCCACGCUGCCGUGCCACAGCCUGCCAUGUGAGAAUCCCCUUCCGAUCCUUGCAUGGUACGCAGCGAUAUCCAAUGCCGCAAAAUCUAAUGUGGCAGAAGGACCGGAUUCGGCAGAUGCAAGAGAUUCACCGUCAUUCCUUAAGUUUGCGGAGAAUGCCACGGUCCCAGAUUGAGUGCUGACAUAAAUAAAGGCCUGUCUGUGUUGUCAUGCAAAACAUGGGACUUCUAACAGUAACCUAAACUGCUCUGUUUAAUCAAUGGAGGGAGAGCUAAUUUUCUGAGUGUUAAACAGUUUGCCAGGAUUGCAAGUACCAUAGGAAAACUUCAGGUAUAUUAGCCAUAACAUGAAGGUAGGCUCACUUACAAAAUCUCCAAAGGGCCUUUAGUUUUCACCACAGCAAAGUUAGGAUUCUCUCAGCUUGUAGAUGUAUCUGGGAAGUAUAGAGAUUCAGCAUUGUCUCCCCUCCUUUCCCCAGAAAUUUCUGUAUUAAGACAUUUAUGUUCCAGUCAGGGGUGUGAGAGAAUUUCUCUGAGCAUUGGGCCCCUCACUCCUCUUAAAACCUUAUACUAGCUACGUGAAGUAUUAUGUUUCUACUUAUUUUAAAAGAUAGCUAAUAUAACAUCAUUUCAGAGUUUGCUUUUUAAAAAGCCAUCUGUUUACUGCUUUUCCAAUGUUACUUUCUUUUUUUUUUUUAAAGUCUGCAGUUGCUGUGAGUCUACUUGUUUCUCUUGGAGCCAUGUGCAAUAGUUAAAGAAUAAGCCCCUAUAUAAUGAGGAGUAAAGCACAAACCUUUCUAAGAACUUCAAAACGUUCCAUGCUUAUAAAUAUUUUAUAGUUGUAUUUAUCUAGAAUAUUUGUGUUUACAAAGACGUUAUUAGCGAAAGCAGUACUUUUUAAUGGUUGGAUACUCAGUCCUGUAUUGAAAGGUGAGGGUUUCACCAUAAAUGAGUGAUGUGUAUUUCUACUUUGGAGUAGUCCCUUUGAUUUAAAAACAUGUAUAAUGUAAAUGGUUCUGGAUUGUGGCCUUAGAAUGAAUGGAAAGACCAAAAAAUUCAAUACUACAUAGCCAAAUUUGUAAUAUGAAGGAAUUAGAGAUUCACUGAUGCAGGGAUAAGGCUGAAUAAAUUCUUUGUGCUUGUGUUCAAGCAAGUAAUAUAGUAAAUCUGAAUAGG